AUGCGGCUGAUAUAUCUAGGCAUUCUCCUUGCUCUGUCUGCCCUUUGUUCUUCCUUGGACAAUGGCUUAGGAAAGACACCUCCAAUGGGCUGGAUGACAUGGGAACGAUAUAGAUGCAACAUUGACUGCAAAAUUGACCCAGAGAAUUGUAUUGGUGAAAAUUUGAUCAAAAGGAUAGCUGACAAAAUGGCUGACGGUGGCUGGAGGGAACUUGGCUAUGUUUAUAUCUGCAUUGAUGACUGUUGGUCACUCAAGAGUAGGGGUUCCAACGGGCGACUCCAACCUGAUCCAGAAAGGUUUCCCAGUGGCAUGAAAGCACUCGCUGACUAUGUACAUGCCAGAGGCUUAAAGCUUGGAAUUUAUGCUGACUUGGGUAAUUUUACUUGUGGUGGCUAUCCAGGAACCACUCUUGACAGUAUACAAGUUGAUGCUGAGACAUUUGCAUCAUGGGAAGUUGACAUGUUAAAAUUUGAUGGCUGCUACUCAAAUUCUUCAGAAAAAGCAUUAGGAUAUCCAAAAAUGAGUUAUGCACUAAAUGCAACCGGGAGGCCCAUUUUAUAUUCCUGCAGUUGGCCUGCAUAUGAAGGGGGUCUUCCUCCUCAGGUGAAUUACACUUUGCUAGGCAGCAUUUGUAAUUUGUGGAGAAACUUUGAUGAUAUUCAGGAUUCCUGGGAGAGUGUGCUGACUAUCAUAGAGUGGUUUGCCGUCCAUCAGGAUGAUCUACAGUCAGUUGCUGGCCCAGGAAGGUGGAAUGAUCCAGACAUGCUUAUAACUGGAGACUUUGGAUUGAGUUAUGAACAAUCUAAAUCACAACUGGCCAUUUGGGCAAUCCUGGCAGCUCCAAUGAUUAUGUCCAAUGACCUGAGCACCAUCUCACAAGAAGCCAAGGAGCUUUUACAGAACCGUCUUUUGAUAUACAUUUGACCAAGACUCCCUAGGAAAACAAGGAAGAAGAGUGGCAAAGGUGAGUUCUCUGGAAGUGUGGAUGAGAGAGCUGGUAGAUGAACAGUACGCCGUGGCUGUCCUGAAUAAAGGAACAGAUGGAUUUCCAAAACGUUUCUCUAUGAGCCUCGCCAACCUGAAUAUUACACAGUGUACGCUCGGCUAUAAACUCUAUGAUGUGUUUGAAAAAGAAUACUUGGGAAAUGUUAAACCUGAAACACAUAUUGAAAUGAAUAUUAAUCCAACAGGGGUAGUCAUGUUAUUUGUUCGUCCAGCUUCUGUGAUGCUUCAUCCUGUAUAA